GUCAUUUCAACAGGGAAGGAGGAAACCGGGCUAAAGAAUGACACUGUAGUCGGCAUUGUUACAGUUUGGGGGGUUUUAAGUCUGUUACAGCCCUUCAGCGUUUAAAUUAAACCUUGCUGUUUUUGUCUGGUUCGUAAAGAGCACUAAAAAGAGAGCACACACAACAGUCCCUGAACACAGUGACAAGAUGAGUCUUCCCCUCUCACGCUCUGAGGUGUUUGGGCAGCUGAGGAAAGAGCUACAUGAUGAUGUGGAAUUUCACCAGUCUGACGUUCAUAUUUUUAUCAUCAUGGGUGCUUCGGGAGAUUUGGCGAAAAAGAAAAUCUACCCAACUUUGUGGUGGUUGUUCAGAGAUGGUCUUCUCCCUGAACAGACGUAUUUUGUAGGAUUUGCGCGCUCUGAUCUGACCGUGGAUGCCAUACGCACGGCCUGCAUGCCCUACAUGAAGGUGGCAGAUACUGAAGCUGAUCGGCUUGCUGCAUUCUUCAGCAGAAACUCUUACAUCAGCGGGAAGUAUGUGGACGAAUCGUCUUUUGCUAACCUGAACACUCACCUGCUGUCCCUGCCUGGAGGAGCCGAGGCCAACCGCCUCUUCUACCUGGCCCUGCCGCCCAGCGUGUACCACGACGUCACCAAGAACAUCAAGCAUCAGUGCAUGAGCACCAAAGGCUGGAACAGGAUAAUCGUGGAGAAGCCUUUUGGACGUGACCUGCAGAGUUCAGAGGAGUUAUCCAGUCAUCUCUCUUCUCUCUUCACGGAGGACCAGAUUUACCGUAUAGACCAUUACCUCGGCAAAGAGAUGGUCCAGAACCUCAUGGUUCUCAGGUUUGGAAACAGGAUAUUUGGUCCCAUAUGGAACCGGGACAGUGUGGCAUGUGUGGUUCUGACCUUCAAAGAGCCGUUUGGUACCCAGGGCCGGGGGGGAUAUUUUGACGAUUUCGGUAUAAUACGUGAUGUGAUGCAGAACCACCUGCUGCAGAUGCUCUGUCUGGUUGCCAUGGAGAAGCCUGCAUCCACCAGCUCUGAUGAUGUUAGAGAUGAGAAGGUGAAGGUGCUGAAGUGCAUUGAGCCGGUCUCUCUCUCAGAUGUGGUCUUGGGUCAGUAUGUGGGUGAUCCAAAUGGAGAAGGAGAAGCUAAACUUGGCUAUCUAGAUGAUAAAACGGUCCCUGAAGGCUCCACUCAGGCUACUUUUGCCACAGCAGUGCUUUAUGUAAAGAACGAACGCUGGGAUGGUGUUCCCUUCGUCCUCCGGUGUGGAAAGGCUCUGAAUGAGAGGAAGGCCGAGGUGAGGCUGCAGUUCACAGACGUUCCUGGAGACAUCUUCAACUCUCAGUGCAGGAGGAACGAGUUGGUGGUGCGCGUGCAGCCCAACGAGGCCAUCUACGCCAAGAUGAUGAGCAAGAAACCCGGAGUCUACUUCAGCCCUGAAGAGACGGAGCUGGAUCUGACCUACCACAGCAGAUACAGGGACGUUAAGCUGCCUGACGCCUACGAACGUCUGAUUCUGGACGUCUUCUGUGGCAGCCAAAUGCAUUUUGUACGAAGUGACGAGUUGAGGGAAGCCUGGAGGAUCUUCACUCCUCUGCUUCAUAAGAUAGAGAAGGAGAAGACGCCACCCAUCAAGUACAAAUACGGAAGCCGUGGUCCCGCCGAGGCCGAUGAGCUGGUACAGAAGGUGGGCUUCCGCUACGAGGGUACAUACAAAUGGGUGAACCCACACAAACUGUGAGAGAACGGGACGACGGAAAUGGCAACCUGAAGCAUUUUUUCUUUUUGGAAUCAGAUGAGUGCCUGAAAUAAAAGAGAGAAAAGGGCACUUAAGUAUUUGAAGAUGCACUCUGGACCAACGAUGUUAGCAAACACUUUGUAUGCUAUUAAACAUAACCAGCUCAAUAUGAUAUAUAGUGCUUUACAGGAGAUUUUUUCAUUAUUUUGUUCUAUAUUUCAUUCUAAACAAUUUUUAGUUAUGCAUCAUUAUUGUAUUUUAUACUGCGCUGCUUUUUCUCUGUUACGCAUUCCUCUUUCAACAAGCAGAAGUCUUGCAUUAAAUACUGUCCACGUUUCAGAAGUGGCAUAAAGGGUACAAUCUGCUCCUGCGGUGGUGGUGGUAUUCAUGUAUUUUCUUGCAUUUGUUUUGUAGAAAUCAAUGCUAUAACUGGACCACACAAAAGAAAGAUACCAUAAGCUUCCAGGUAUUAGGAUUCCAGUGCAUGUACUGUAUGUAUAUGCCAUUUAACCAUGUCUUAAGGUUCCCACCGAUUGGCUUAAUGAGCCACGAAUAUGAGUAGUCUUAUUAAAGUAGAUGUAUUACAUUCCACAUCGCUCUGUAAAUAAUUUAAUAGAUGAGCUUUAAUGUUUGUUCCUUCAUUUGGGCUCGGUCUAUUUCUGCUCGCUGUUGCUUUUGGUGUCAGCACUACGUAUAUAGACACUGAACCAGUGUCUCUUACCAAUUUUGUUGUGUUGUGAGGUUGUGUUUUUGACAGCACUGAAUCUCAACAUCCUGUGUGGCUGCCUAAAACAAAUAAUUUUCUGAAUAACUGCUUGUCUGGCUUUUUUUUUUUUUGGGCUUCUAAAACAUAUUUGUGAGUUAUUUAAUUUCUCUGUACAAGUUCAGUCCAGUGUUUUCUAUUUUAUUAUAAUAGACAAAUACUUUUACAAUAAAGCAUAGUUAAGAUGCCUCA